CUCCCGCGCGCGGCCCCUGGAGUCUCCGAGGCGCGCGGCCAGCCCAGCUCCGGCCCGCCGCACACCGAGCAGCCCCGCAGCCGAGCGAUCGCUGGCUGGGGGCUGGGGGCUGGAGGCUGGGGAUCCCGCCUUAGGGAGUCUCUGUGGCCCUUGAGCAGCGCGGCGAAAGGGAGGCAGACCGGGGCCGAAAUCAUGAACCGGAGUUUUCACAAGUCUCAGACCUUGCGCUUCUACGACUGCAGCGCGGUGGAAGUCAAGAGCAAGUUUGGGGCAGAAUUCCGAAGGUUCUCCUUGGACCGUCACAAGCCUGGGAAGUUUGAAGAUUUCUACAAGCUGGUCGUGCACACCCAUCACAUUUCCAACAGUGAAGUGACCAUAGGCUAUGCAGAUGUGCACGGUGACCUGCUUCCCAUCAACAAUGAUGAUAACUUCUGCAAGGCUGUCUCAAGUGCGAACCCCCUGCUCAGGGUCUUCAUCCAGAAACGAGAAGAGGCAGACCACUACAACUUCGGGGCAGGCACUCUGUCGCGGAAGAAGAAGGUGCUGGUGGCCCUGCGGGACGAGGGCCUGCGCCGGCGAACACACCUGGACAUCAGCAUGCCGCACGACUUUCGCCCGGUAUCCUCUGUUAUCGACGUGGACAUCCUCCCCGAGACACACCGCCGCGUGAGGCUGUACCGGCACGGCUGCGAGAAGCCACUAGGCUUCUACAUCCGUGAUGGCACCAGCGUGCGGGUGACGCCACAUGGGCUAGAGAAGGUGCCGGGCAUCUUCAUCUCGCGCAUGGUGCCCGGGGGCCUGGCAGAAAGCACCGGGCUGCUGGCCGUGAACGACGAAGUCCUAGAGGUAAACGGGAUCGAAGUGGCAGGGAAGACGCUGGACCAGGUCACAGACAUGAUGAUUGCCAACAGCCACAACCUCAUCGUCACUGUCAAGCCUGCCAACCAGAGAAACAACGUGGUGCGCGGUGGCCGCACGCCUGGCGGCGGGGGACAGUCCUUGGAUGGCCCUCCGGCUGCCCAAGUCCUGCAGAACUUUCACCCCGAUGAGGCAGAGAGUGACGAGGACGCCGACAUAGUCAUCGAAGGUGCUGCAGCUCCCUUGGCCCCGACAAGGGGCGUGCCCCCAGGCGGCCUGCCCCGCGCCAAUGGCACCAGCCUGGCACCUCGCCGGCCAUGGGACAUGGGCCUACAUGGCGUGGGGCGCGAGGGCAGCACGCACAGACUGCUCAGCACCAUGCGUCCAGACCCACGCCACAGCCUAGUGAUCCCACGCGGUGGCGUGGAGGAACACGGACCUGCGCUCACGCUCUAGCCGGCCCUCCCGGCCCGUGCUGUGGGAGACAGUUCUUAAAUGUGUUUUCCAGUUCUAUAGGAAGAAAACAGUUGUAUGUUUCAUCCCCUCCCUUUUCUCCCAUAACUCUGCUCUUUAUUUCAGCUUCUGUAUAGAAAAUAAAAAUUCUGUCUCCUUACAGGAUUUCUCUACAGGACUUAAAACACACAUGUGCACUCUGCUAGGCUUGUGUGCAGGUCCGCGCACCUUUGCAGAAUGAUAGAAAACAUUUAAGUCCAGAAAAUGCUUCAUUUCUAAAUUUUAGAAUACUUCAGUUUUUAUAUAAAGCUUUAAAAUUACUUUUUUUAAAAAGUCAAAUUCAUGUUUUUA